AUGACGAUCAAGUUCAAGUCAUUCACGUCAUUAAAGCCGCCGUCGGAGCUCACGCCGCUAAUCAACGAUACGCCGAUAUAUGUCGAUAAAGACGGCGGUGGUCAGUCUCUGUCUAGCUCACCGCUGCACCGCGCGCCAUCAUGGCAGUUCUGGCGCACCACGUCACCGCCGCAUCGCUUGUAUCUGCUGAUCCUCAUGAGUUGCAUUCCAUUUGGCGGUCACUUUGUCAAGAAUGGCAUGUCGUCACUGGAGCAGCUCAUGCUAGAUGACGAGGACUUUUCCAUCACCAAUACCAUGUAUGGUGCAUUGCUGUCAGCCGUUUCAGUGCCCAGUAUGUUCCUGCCACUACUGGGUGGCCGCCUUUUGGACAAGAGUGGUCACCACAACAUUCGCCUUUUUCUGGUUUGGAUCUGCGUGGGUCAGGCCACGUUUGCGAUCGGUAUGCAGCUUAAGCUCUACUGGCUAGCACUCUUUGGCCGUAUCUUCUUCGGCGUAGGUGAAGGUAGCGUCGUCGUUGGCGCCCGCGUUUUCAUUGCCUCGUGGUUUCAGAACCGGGAGCUCACGUUCGCCAUGGGUGUCAGUGUAGCUGUCACUAACGUCUCCAAGAUGCUGGCUAAAGCCACUGUCGCCCCCGUUGCCCUCUACUUUGGCGGGUACGUCCAGGCUCUUUGGUAUGGAGUAGCAGUUUGUGUAGCCUCGGCGCUUGUCGGUGUCUUGGUGUGCCACUACACGCUGAACCUUAAACGCAUCGUCAAGAGCCGCGUAAUUACUGACGAAGCGCUGGAUCCUGGGCUUCAUUGGCUUAAAGAUUACGUCGAGAAGAAGCGCCGCAAGCACCGCUGGCACAAGUCGCAUGCCCACGCCAAAGAGAUCACGUGUGACAGCAUGCGCAAUUUCUCGCGCAUGUUCUGGAUCAUAGCGUUGCUCCACGUCAGCUUCAUCAAUGUCUUCCAUCUAUUCCAGAACAUCAGUGCAAGCUACCUCUUCCAGCGCUAUGACUAUUCUAUCGUAAAGGCUGGCGUCGUGAGCAGCUUUUCUCACUUAUUUGUGUUGUUUGCGCCGUUGAUUGGCCUUGUAAUCGAUCAGUUUGGCGGACGCAGUGUGCUCAUCAUCCUUGCCGCCAUGAUGUCUGUCCUAGCCUACGUGUUCAUGAUCUUCACGGAUCUCAACCCACUCAUUUCAAUGCUGUUGAUAUCUAUCUGCCUGUCAUUUACGCCGACGAUUCUGAUGGCCGCGAUCCCAAGCUCCGUCAAUCGUAAAAGCUUCGGCACGGCAUUUGGAGUUGUAGAAAUCACUGAUGCUAUUGGUGCCACGUUUGGCAAUCUUCUCGUGGGAUACUUGCGCGACGAGACAGGAAGCUACCGUGAUGUCAUGCUCAUGCUUUUGGGUUUGUCAAUUUUUGUGCUGCUACUAGCUUUCUUCCUUGUGUUUGAAGAAGGUUGCCAUAGUUGGGUGCACAGCGCACCUAGCGAGUUAGGUGCGCUGCUUGUUGAAGACGAAGACCCCGUGAAUGAGCAAGAAGUGGUCGAGGCUUGUCACAGUGCUAAUGGUGAAAUGUCUCCGGUAGUCGAUGAGCGUAUUGAAUCGGUGCCUGGUCAUUCGUGUUGGUCACCCGCUUGA